AUGCACAGACUGUGUGAAGAUGGGGUUUUGAGUCAAUGUCAGGAUGGGAGGCCAAGCACAUUUGCCUCUGUCACUCAUAGUCUGGCCACCCUAAAACGGCUUCACAGGCACACAGAAUUUCCGUUUUGUCUCACCCACUCGGCGUCCGCGUUGCGAGCGGGCUUAACAACUUUGUCUCAUCUCACUCGUUCUCUCUCGCCUCAGUUCCUCCCAGCCACACCUUAUCCUCCCGUCUCCGUUGCACCAAAGUGCCGUUUCCACUUGUCUGUAUGCUGGUACAGGUCUGUCUUCCUAUGCCAGCGUCAGUGUAUGUGGCUGCAUUCGUUGUUCGCUCAUCCACUUGCCCCUUCCUUCACGCACGUGCCCGCUCUCUCGCCUUUUCUCUCCAGCUGCUUUCUGUCCCUCCACCUCUACCCUUCGUCGCUAUGCUUAGGUAUCUCACGCCUGUACCUCCAGUGUCAGCCUAACAGCGCCAUUCACACCAAGUCUGUGCCAUCUCUGACGUCGCCUUGCCGAAAUAUAACAGGAUCGAAUAUCGCAUGUAGCCAGGUGAUCAUGGCCUACAACCUCUUCCCGACUCCACCAUGUCCAGCUACAGCGAAUGAAUCUAAAUUCGAAUCCAUGCACUCAAUCCUGUUUCCAUCACCCCAAUGCGGCUUCUCCAGCCCCUCAUCUUCAACCUCGUCAGCUGCUGCUGCUGCCGCCGCUUUCGCCGCCAUCUCCGCAUACCAGCAGGCACUUGCCGCUGCCUCGCCCCCUAUCAUUGCCCCUCACACGGUGACAUCUGCUCUACCCGGACAACAUGGCGACCGCCAGUCUUGCUCUGUGGGGACGGACUCAACAUGCCCAACUCGUAUCGGAAUGACUAAUUUUAUGCAGUCACUGGCCCAUCUUACAGGAUCAGGGGCCACAACUUCAGCCUCUUGUCCACGCCCGUUGACAUCGCUCGGAAGACACUCGCCGGCAUUUGCCGGAACCGGCCAAACGUCAGGUGGGUGUCCUGCUGAUGGAGGACUCUUCUUCCCAGCUGGAGGAUCUGGGUUAGGGCACAAUCUCUAUCAGGCUGCUAAGGCCGUUUUCGCAAUGGCCGCCACAGCUGGCAAACAAACGGAAAAGCCCUACCAACAACAGUAUCAACACAGUAACAACCAGCAUGCUAGAAUCGCUUCGUCCUCGGCUGGCCAGAAACGAGGGCACACCAACAAGAGUUCGGGAGUCGGUCUAGAAAUCGCAGUCGAAGGCGCUGAAGUCGAGACUCUCAACUCGGUAGACCGAGAGGUGGUCUCCUGCCCUAAAUUGGCUAGGAUGGAAGAGCCGGAAAGUAGAAAGUUGUCCACGAUAAAUGGCGAAUCAAUCGAGCCCACUCAGCUGACUACUCAAGCCGCUAUUUCAGCGUCCUCCUUCGUCGCUACCGCAGCCGGGCUACGCUCGACUCAAACCUCACUGCCGAAGUCCCAAGGUUCUGGGUUGACUAGACUGAGACCUCAGGAGAAGCUGGAAGAAGAGCUUACAAGACGAUUCUCCUCACCAGAGGAAAAUGAAUCAACUCAUGAAUCACCAUUGGCUUCUUCAGUGAACAACACAACAUCUAAAUUGUCUCCAAUCAUAACAGCAAUUCUCCCAACGCCCAGCCCAGUGCUUCCCACCGCACCCUCUUCUAGUUCUUUAGAUCCACCAUCUUUAUCCUCUCCCUCUUCAGCUUUAUCCACCUCAUUUCCUCCUUCCUGUCAAUCUCCUUCAGCUUCAAAUACCCUGCGGUCCCUACAAAAGAGCUCAGGUGCAGCAACUCUUAUCAAUAAUGGCAUGACAAAUGGUUACCAUGACCAGAUUAAGAAUGAUUUCACCAGCUCUUUAGAACUAUAUAACAGUUUGUCAGCCCAACUUCCUUUACUUUCGGCAGCAGCUGCAGCUGCCGCGGCAGCUGCAGCCGCCGCUCAUUCUGGUGGGCUGGAUCCAGCACCGGAUUAUUCUAUCCCUCGCAGUUCACAUUCUCAUCAAACACAUCAUCACAGCAACCAACUUCACACACAGCAGAAUCAGUACACUCAGCAUCAAAAUCUCGACCAGAGACACCAUCACAGCCAUCACCACAGCCACCACCCCCAUCCUCAGCCUCUGCACCAGCAACAGACACCAUUGCACUCAAGCCAAGCAAAUUCACUACCUCUUCAUCCUGCCUCCCAUCAUCCAACUUCGUUAUCUCCG